GAGUGAAAGGUAGAACCUGGGAAUCAGUACUUGAUAGGAAUAGCUGAUCCUUGAACCCAAAGCUUCAGUGUUACCAAACUCUGCAGCCUUUUCCUUUAAGCGAAUACCACACCAAAGUUUCAGGCCACCACACUCACAUAUUCUUUCUUUCUCUCUCUGUACUUAGUUGCUUUGCAAGGAACUUAAACCCAAUGCUUUCAGUUGCCAGUAACUGAAGUAUUCGACACAGAGCUCAGAAAUUGUAGUAAUCAAAGUAUACACUGAAGCGGCUAUCAGAUGGGAUCAAUCCAAACACCUAUUGGAAUGAGAAGCUCUGCAUUACUAGAAACAUCAUGUGGAUAUCUACUCCAGGAAUUGCAGAUGAUCUGGGAUGAAGUUGGAGAGGAUCAGUUUGAAAGAGAGAAAGUUCUGCUGGAUUUGGAACAGGAGUGUUUAGAAGUAUAUAGAAGAAAAGUUGACAGUGCAAAUAUAUCGAGAGCUCGCCUGCAUCAAGAGUUAGCAGAAUCUGAAGCUGAAUUUACCCAUCUUCUUCUGUCACUCGGUGAACGAUCUCUCCCAGGACGGCCAGAAAAAAUGUCAGGAACACUAAAGGAGCAGCUAGAUGCAAUCACCCCAGCUUUGCGGGAGAUGCGGUUGAGAAAAGAAGAAAGAGUGAACCAGUUUCGAGCUGUGCAAGGGCAAAUUCAAAAAAUUUCUGCGGAAAUUGCAGGUCAAUCAGUGUAUGAUGACUCCAUAACCAAUGUCACAGUAAACGAGAAUGAUCUUUCAUUAAAGAAACUAGAGGAACACCAAGUUGAGCUACAAAGACUCCACAAGGAAAAGAAUGACAGACUCCAGCAAGUGGAGACAUAUAUAGAUACAAUCCACAGAUUAUCUGCAACAUUAGGGAUGGAAUCCUCCAUGAUUAUAACAAAAGUUCAUCCAACUUUGAAUGAAUUGUGUGGAAUAUCCAAAAACAUAAGUGAUAGUAUUUUGGCCAAACUCAACAGCACUGUGGAAUCACUCAAAGAAGAAAAACAAAAACGACAUGAAAAGCUUCACUAUCUAGGAAAAGCAUUGACAAAUUUGUGGAAUCUCAUGGACGCACCGUAUGCAGAUCGUCGACUGUUCUCCCAUGUUACUCGCUUGUUAUCUGUCUCAUCAGCCGAAGUAUCAGAUGCUGCAAGUCUUACACUAAUUAUAAUCCAGCAGGCUGAAUCAGAAGUUAAGAGAUUGGAUCAGUUAAAAGCAAGCAAGAUGAAAGAGCUUUUCUUCAAGAAGCAGAAUGAGCUGGAGGACAUAUGCAAUAAGUCACACAUGGACAUCCCUUCAAGAUCAGAAAUGGAUAAUAUAGUUAAGCUUAUAAAUUCAGGGGAGAUUGACCAUGCCGAUCUCCUCAUGAGCCUGGACGAACAGAUAUCAAAAGUAACAGAAGAAGCUAAUAGCAGGAAGGAAAUAAUGGAAAAGGUCGAAAAGUGGAUGUUAGCACGUAAUGAGGAGCGUUGGUUAGAGGAAUAUAGCAUGGAUGAAAAUCGAUAUUCAGUUAGCAGAGGUGCUCACAGGAACCUGAGGCGUGCAGAACGUGCUAGAGUGAUAGUCAACAAAAUCCCAGUUCUGGUGGCCUCACUUAUAGCAAAAACCAAGAAUUGGGAAGACGAAAGAAAGAAAGUGUUCUUAUUUGAUGAUGUACCCCUGUUGGCAAUGUUGGAAGAAUAUAACAUGUUGAGGCAGGAGAAAGAGGAAGAGAAACAAAGACAAAGGGAAAAGAAGAAAGUGCAAAGCCAGGUAGUAGUUGAGCAAGAUAAUGCAUUCGGGUCCAGGCCAAGCACCAGUAGUAGACGACUUCCAAAUAGGAGCUUGAACGGAGGCUUUAACAAUGCUACCCCUUUAAACAGAAGGCUUUCUCUGAGUAUCCAACAGUUGGGAAACAACAGCAUCAAUUCUGCAACUCAAGGAAUAUCCUUCUUAAAAGAAGGAAGGAAAUUGCAGGCCCAAAAGAUGUUUCCUCGACCUGGACUUGCUUCUCAUCUUCUGGAUGAAACAGCUUCAGUGGUCUCAACAUUUUCUGGUCCUGUAUCUCCCUAAAAUUUCAAGUCAGAUUGUUUAUCUUCACAAGAAUUGAGAAAUCAUUAAGUAUAAGAGAUUUGAUUAGGCAUAUUGUGGAACAACCCGAUGAAAUCCAUCAGAAUAAUUAAUUCAACCACCCAGGCACCCAUUAUGUCAGUUUGAGAGAACAUUUAUUUAUAUAUGCCCACCGCCCCAUCAGUAAUCAACCCACAUAGAACCUCAGGGAAUCAUCAGCAAAGGAAAAUAAAACAAGUUUAGAAGUUUUAAGAUUAUUGUUUUCAUCUUGUUGCAGAUGUAAGGUCCAGUUUGCCAAUAAAUUAAUAGCCAUAGGUAUAUGUAAAGUAUGUUUGUAAUCAAGGAGUUUUGAUUUUCGAAAUUGAUUGA